CUGAAGCCAUCUACAAAAAUCAAGGGAUCACUUAUCUGUUAAAAUGGCUACUCCUGGUUUCAACAAAUUGUUGGAUUGUGCCAAGGCAAUUGAAGUUGGGGACCUGCAUCUUGCUGAUUCACUCAUCAAGGAUAUCCUGACGGACAAUGAUGACAAACUUGUCAAAUACUGUGCUGAAGCUCUAGUUCGACGAGUCUAUAAACUGUAUCCUCGAAAUCCCAGACCUUUAGUGCCUUCCUGCACUGAUUUGAGAUGCAACAUGGAUUACCAGUUUUUUCCUUUCUUCUGGUUUUCAGAAUUGACAACCCGUAACACCAUCGUGGAUGCCUUAACCGGAAAGAAAAGAGUCCAAGUUAUUGACUUUUCAUUGAUGGCUAACGGCCGGCGGUGGUGCCUUUUGCUUGAUGAUUACCUAAAGCAGUCAAGUGAUGCUAUAUCGUUCCAUUUAACUAGUAUCGGACCAAUUCUGUCCAAAAAAGGUGACUAUCUCAAUGAGAUACUUGAGAAACUCCCCAAAGAAGCUAAAAAGCUUCCUAUUGAGUUUGAGGUUAAGCAUAUGGUGGCUAGUAGCCCAGCUGAAAUGGUUGAAGCUGCUCUCAAACUCGAAAGAUCAAGUGAGGAUGAGACGAUUGUUGUCAGAUGGGAGUUUGAACUCCACAAAUUGCUUGCACUGCCAGGUGCAAUUGAGACAGUGUUGUCUAAAUUGAAAGAACUCAAACCAGAGAUCAUGAUAGUUGUCGAACAAGAAGCCAGCCUUAAUGGUCAGGAUUUCUUGGAAUGUUUCACCAAGUCAUUUCGCUAUCACUCUAUUAUUUUUGACUCGCUUGGCAAGGACAAUUUCGAACACGGCAACCAUAGCAAAGUGUUGUGGGAGAUGUACUUUAGGCGGCAGAUUAGUAACUUGGUGGCACAAGAAGGCACUGACCAGAUUGUACGACAUCAGACAUUUGCUGAGUGGCGAGACAGAUUCUGUCGUUCUGGGUUUCGUCAUGUUCGCUUACAGAACCAGUUUAAGGGAACUUUCUUUGGUCACUUGCCUGAAUACCACAUAGAAGAAAUGAAUCGCCAUCCUGUGCUAUACAGGCAUGACGACCAAUUGCUGUUCACCUCAGCUUGGAAAUCUUAUCCAACUCAGCUCAAUAGCGAGUCAUUGGACAACUGGAAUCAGGAAUCUGCAAUGGGAGAUGGAAACAUAAUGCAAAUUGAAAGUUCGAGCCUUCUAAUUUUGUCAGGGACGGUGAGCUCUUCUGCGUUUCUUGAAGACCAACCUGAUGAUGAACACAUAAUAAUGGAAGGAAAAGUCUGGUCUCCGGAGUGUAUCUCAAUUAAUCAAGUUGCUGCUUCUGCUAAGAUAUUUGACAUGCUGGAAUACAUAUGUCAUGUAAAUUAUCUGCCCCUGGCUCUCACAUGGAUGUCAGAUAGACGUAUUCUUCGCUUGGAGAAGAGUGCUUGCUAUCUGAAUGACUCGACAAUGGUCGAAUUUAUGGAGGCCUGUGGAGAACACCAUCUUGAGGAAGGGAAAGGUGUAGCUGGAAAAGCACUUCAAUCAAAUAGCAUGUACUUUGUCUCUGACAUCUCUAAGCUUGAUGUGAAAGAUUAUCCAUUUAUUUUCGAAGCAUGGGAUUUUGGUCUUCGUGGUGUUGUUGCAAUCAAGCUAGAAAGCGUCUACGUGAGCAGCAUUGAUUACGUAGUAGAAUUUUUUCUCCCUCUUGAAAUGAAAGGAAUUUCAGGGCAACGUCUUUUGAUAAAUGAAAUCACAAAUAUCUUGCAAAAGAACUCCAGGAAUUCAUGGAAAGUCUGCACUCAGGAAUUAAAUGGUUUUAAUAUUAGCUCUGAAGUUGAAGUCACGAUGGAGGAGGUUGGAACGAGUAACAUCAGACCAGCAGCUAUUUCGGACAGCCCACCGCUAGCAUUAUCAGAAAUUGGUAGUCUGAAUUCAAGUCAAAUCAGGGAACUAUGCAAUAUUUUUAUGCCGACAGGUGAUGGAGUGGAAGUGCCAGAGGCUCAUGAUCAGGAAUUUGAGGAACAAAAUUCCGUAUUUGGACCUCAAGCUUAUCAGUUCCCAGACAGUGAUGAGCUGGUAGGCAUGGACAGUUCUCAUAUCAAUACAAGCAGAACUAGCAAACGGCGACGUACAUCUGAGGUGUGGCAAUACUUUGACGAGGUUAGAGAAGAUGGAGAAGUAUGGGCUAAAUGCAGAAGUUGUAGCACUAAAUAUCGAGGGGAAAGCACAAGGGGAACUACAAAUCUGCGCAAACACCUAAGAUCAUGUCCAGGGAAGAAAUAAGAAGGAUGAAGCAGAACCAUCAUUUGCCUUCAAAACUUGAAAAGUUUAUACAUUUGAAGAAACGCAGUGUGUUUUAUACACUGGACUUUGCAUUGAAGUGGUGAUUGAUAAAUUCUAUCAAAUGUUUUUCGAAGGAAUGAAGUCAUUGCAAUAUUUGCAGCUAGUUAAGUACUGAGAUUUCCUGAUAGUGAAGUUGCCCUUCGAUUCCUUGCCUCCUUGUAUUGUUUUUGCUAGACUAUGUGACUCUUUGAUAUCUAUCUAAUAACCCUUUUUAUCA